UAUAUAUUUUAGAAACAAAAAGAAACAUUUCUCAUGAAAAAAAUAAAGUUGAGGUGGAGAUGUUACUCUUGGUAUCUGCUUUCUUGGCAGGUGUUGCACUUGUGAUUGUUGUUGAAGUGUUUAUCGUAUAUCGAUGGUUUAGAUCACUUCCAAAUGAGGAGCCCAAACUUUUUCCAGUACAUAAACCUGUUACUAAUCCCAAGGACAUAGCAGAAUACUGCGGGAUCGAAGGUGCAACAGAGAGUGAAACUUGUAUGUUCCUGAAUCUCACAUUUCAGUUUUUGUGGAAGGAGUGGAGGGACUCUCCUAAAACUAGAAACUUUUUUAUACGUAAGAUGAACCUGGAGUUUCAAGAAAUGCUUCUUAACAAAGCUGCUGGCAAGCUUAUGGAACAGAUAACCGUCAGUGAUUACUAUCUAGGAGAUUCUUUACCUGUUAUAAAAAAAGCGACAAUUAUGAAAAUAGAUGCUCGUAACUCUUCACAAGUUCCCAGAGAAAUUGACAUUGCUGUAGAUAUUGAAUAUUCUGGUGGGUUUAUCAUAUCACUGGAUGUUGAUCUAAUAUUUGGAAAGUCUGCACAUUUCACUGUUAAGUUGAAUUCACUGGUUGGUCGUUUGCGACUUCAAUUUACCAGAAAUCCUUGCACACAUUGGUCUUUUUCCUUUUACGAGGAUCCACUCAUGGACAUAAAAGUAGAGUCCAACUUUCAGGGGAAAAAUUUACCAAAAUUAACAUCAUUCAUUCAUAAUCAAAUACGACGCUCUGUGAAAAAGAAACACACUUUCCCAAGAUACAAAGUUCGAUAUAAACCAUUUUUUCUUCAAGAAAAGCCACAAGAUGGAAAAAACGAGGUAUUUGUUCACAACAGUCUUGUCACUGUUGGCAAAUUAGAUGUCGAAAUUGUAGAAUGCACGAGAAUUCCGCAACUACCCAAAGGAUCGCAUAUAUAUUGCAGUUUGUCUCUUGACUCUUUACCCUGGAAAGAAGAUAUGCCUAUGAGAAGAUCUCUAUGGCCAGUUCAUGAGGUACUGAUCUGUCGUGCUCUCUCUGGGGCUAUUGGAAUUAGUUUUGAUCGUGGUUUUGAAAUGGUAGAUGAGGAGAAGCGUGAAGUCAUUUACAUCAAGACAGUCAAUCCGAACUCACCAGCCAGUCAGGUUGACAUUCAACGAGGCGAUAUUUUGAUAAGUGUAAACAAUGUUGAUGUCACAUCAAUAAAACAAGCAGGUCGACUUGUCAAGAAUGCUGGCAACAAGUUCACAUUUAAACUACAACGCCCUCCACCAGACUCUGAAAAAGAAGUGAGUGCAGCUGCUUCUAUUGUGGAAGACCAGGAAGAUGCUAAUAAUAAGAAACAGAGUUAUGAUGAAGCUGAAAAUGGUUUUGAUGAUAACAGUAUAGCACUUCAUGAAGAAGACAGUGAGAAUGAAGAAUUUGUGAACAUCUUUCUAGAUGAAAUCGAAAAAGAAUUAAUGGAUGAUGCAAAAACUCGAAAAUUUGUGCAUGACUAUAAAGAAAUGAAACGGAAAUCAAUGAUUGAUCAAAAUGAUACUGCUAUAUUUAGCACAGAGGACUCUGCAAGCAAUCCCGGAAGUAGUAGCUCUGUGAGCGAGGAAAAUGAGUAUAAAUUGGUUGAAAACAAGAAUUGCAGAAAUUCUUUUACAGAAGAUGUGGCGGAGAAGAAACCGCCAAGACGUACAAAGUCUUUUCCAUUUAAAUUUAUGAGAAAUAAGAGUAAAGUCACAAAGUCUGUUUCCAACAACAUGUUAAAUAAAAAAUCAAACAAUGCAAGUGAAACAAAGCUGCUUUCCUCGUUAAAGCAUCCUUUAGAAAAUAAUGAUAAUGUUGUUAAUAAAAAAAAGCAUGUCACUUUAGCGGAUGUAAAUGAAACUUUCGAUGUAUCAACAGAUGAAAUUAAUUUUACAUUUGACGAAAAAAAAGAAGCUUUAGGUGUUUUUGAUAGUACAGAAAUAAGCGCAAGUCUACAUAGUGCAGACGGUGAAUGGGAUAAUAUUUCACAUAAUAAUUUUGAACCUGGCACUGAGAGAGUGUUGGAAACUGAAGAGGAGGUAACAGGACAGCGAACAUCACUCGCAAGUGCUAAUCAGGAACCUGUGUGGAACGAAAUUUUUUCCUUUGACGUUGAAAAAGAACAAAAGUUUUUAAACAUUUGUGUUUGGGGCAGGUGUGAGAUGGCAUUUGAAAAAGACGCUCUACUAGGUUAUGUUUCCAUACCUUUGAUGGAACUGGCUGUCGAAUGUUUAUCAACGUCCGGUAGGAAGAGUAUUCAAACCUUCUUUUUAGCGGCUACUGCAAAUAGAAUUGCUGUGAAUCGUGCAUACUUGCGCACCAUGAUGCCUGGUUUGAAUCUGGGUUGCUGUAAUGGUGAUAUCACGUUAGCGUACAAGUAUAUAACAGCUGUCCCUGAGGCUGAACUUGAAUCAGAAGAAAUGAAACUUUUAGAGGAGCAACUAGAGAAAAAGGAGAUUGACAAGGAAGCUAAAGAGCUGGAAGAGCGAGAUAAAACUGAUGAAAAGCCACACUUACACAAUUUUAUUGGAACUGAAUUUUACUUUCCAACGCGCUGUGACUACUGUCAAAAUAAGGUAUGGCGUAAGGUGGCGUUUCAAUGUGGCGUUUGCGCCAUGGUAUGUCAUAAAAGAUGUAUUGACAAUGCACAAGCCAACACUUACUGCACGAGUCAUGGUGUGCGCGCCAAACCUCCAAUAUGGCAGAAGAAUGGUGCUGUACCACGUGCGAACGAGGACCAAGAAUACGACGAAGAAGCUUCAAAACUUCAGGAGCAAUCCACUUCCCCGCGUCCCUACUCAGUGAAGGUUCCAACAUUACACGACCUGAGGCCUGGUAUGAAAAACAGUGGCCGAGCCUCGCCGAAUAUCUUACAGAGGAGGAAGAAAAUGACGAGGAGAGUGAGUUUGGAUGAUAUUAUUAAGCAAGACAAAUCAUGUAAUAGUAUACCCGAGGAUAUAGAAGAUGCUGGAUUGGAUGAUUCUAUUACAACGGCCGCAGUAACUGCCAAAGAAGCUGGACGUGAACUUUUUGCUAGCCUGGACGAAGAUGACCGUCAAAGUAACAUCCAAACAAAGGUGGAUGAAUUACAAAUCGAAGUAACAGCUGAGAGCGUGAAGCAAACUGAGUUGAGAAAACGGAUCGUGUUGUGUGACAACAUGGAGCUCCAACAAAAGCUGCAAUCAUUAUUGAGGAAGUCGGAAGAGCGUGGCCAGGCUUUGGCGUUAUUGAUGAUCCAAUAUUGCGCAGCUCUUAAUGAAUGUUUAACAGCAAACGAAUCGCAACAAUGCGACUUAUGACUGUCGACUGAUAUUCCUACCCUCUCUGUAUCAGUCUGCAAAUUCUUCAUAAUUGUGUCAUUUCGUCUGAGGUGUUAAUAAUCUUAUUCUGUCAUAUAUUGCUAAAUGGUUUUCAAGGAUUUUUUUAUUGUACUUUGCACAAUCUGAAUUCUCCACAUUUUAUCUCAUUGACAUAUCAGCAUUGGUCUGUGAAUUUUUUUUACUAUCCGAUACUAUACUAUAUUUUACUAUAUCUGAUACUGUAAGGAAUUCUGAUGAGGCUUUGUAUUUAACGGAGACUAACCGUAUUCGAUGCUGUAAACCAAAUCCGAGGUCAAAAGUGCGGACCGAGCUUGCAAGGUCUGUGACCUAUGACUUAAACUUUGUAUUUAACAGUGCAGCAUCGAAGUAAGUCACUAUCAGUGAAGUAAAUUGCUUGUAGCGUAAUGUUAUUAAAUUUUGUACAUUCGCGUUAAUGUUUUUUGUAACCCCUCUUGUCUUCACGUUGUUGUUGUUAUUGUUGUUUUCUCAGAGACUAAACUAUAGUGCAUUUUAUAAUGUAAACAAAAAUGAUGAAAAUAAGAAUUUUUUAUACAAAAUAAUAAAAGAAAUUGUAAA